UUGCACAUUCAAUCUCACUCUCCCUAAGCAUUCACUCAUCCACACCUCAUUCAUUUGAUUUGGAUUCCCACCUACUGGAUUACUGAGGGUUUUUUUGCGCAGAGAAGACAAGGUUCUCAUGCAUGACAAAAGGGGCGCAAUAUUGUAAGUUCCAUCCUUCUUUCCAAACAAUAAUUUGAUGCGCAUGCAUUAUUUUGUUUUUCACUACAAGACUGAGCGGGUGCAUUUCUGCCUGAUCCUUCUCGCGAGUGGGCUACAUAACCGUGACGAUACCUCACCGGAUGAUAGUGGCUAUUAUUGUACUCUGACCUCUAUUGAAAUGACUAUCCAGCACCAAGACUGUUGCGUCCUUCCAGAGGCACCGCGCGGGCAGGCUACUCAUUGGAUGAACGUCCGCCGCAAUCCGUAGCCUAUUCCAGUGCCCUUUCCUUCUUAUCUUCUCGGAAAUGCAAUAACAGUUGGUGGCUUUUAUAGUGGUAAAACUCAAGAGGAAUACUGCAAGUUGAGGAACCGAACAAUGUGACACGUACAGUGCCCGACAAAGAACGACGAGGCUGUGUAUCUGUCCAUCAGCGUCUCCUCCCACCUGUGACCUGUGUUUUCCUCUCCUGCCCUCCGAACACUCUUCUGAUGUGUUAAAGCACACUUUGCUGAACAGUUUGAUGGAGAGCUGGUCGGAUGACAGCUGGAACUGUUGUCAUAACCGGAGGAAUUCUCGCCACGGUGAUUCUCUUGGUUAUCAUAGCAGUGCUCUGUUACUGUAGACUCCAGUAUUACUGCUGUAAGAAGAAUGGGUCAGAAGGGGACACCGGCUCCAUCACGCAGCCCCAUUUUGCCUGCAAUGCGUGCAGUGCACCCGGGGUGGAUGGGGCGGCCGUCACCCCCCUCUUCCCGGAGCCCAUUGCCCCCCACGCAUCAGGGCGUCCCCGCAACUACUGCCCCACCUGCUCGCCCUACGAAUCACCCUUCUACAUCCGCACCACCGAUGGGAUGCGCAACGGUGGCGAGCGCAUCACCUACAUGCCCACUCACUAUGAGAACCCAGCGCUGGGUUUCGACCUACCCUCCCUGCACGGCUCCCUGCUGAGCACCGGCCAGCAUCGCAGCAACCCAGCACCGGACUUCUAUACCAACACUCGCGCUAUAAGUACAGAGGUGUGACCCACUUCGUAUGGGGUCCUGGUGGCUCAGUUGGUUGGAGCGCGCUGCUUCCAACUCUGGUGUUGUGGGUUUGAUUCUGUACACAGAAUAUUUGUUCAUUUUCGUUUUGGAUAAAAGAAACUGGUAAAUUACCAUAUUUUUAUGAGGAUGGCCACUGGUAGCCACUGUCUCUCUCUGCUGACCGCUACAGAGAAGAUGAUGGAAAAGUAGCAUUGAGAGACAACAUGGAGCAUUGACCACUUGAUCUGGUCAAACACUUCCUGGUUCUCUCUCUCCCUACACUGUCAGCUAGCUUCCAGCUGGUUCUCUCUCUCUCCCUACACUAUCAGCUAGCUUCCAGCUGGAUUCGGGUAGACUCCAACAGUACUGUUUUUUAUUUAUUUAAAUGGAGGUAGCUAUGUUUGUUGUUGUUUAAACCCCCUUAGGCUCCUGUAAUACAGAGGCAGAGAUCAUCCCUUUGUGUUUAAUUGACUAAGGGGACAAGACCAAGACCUAUCCACUGUCUGGCAAGGUAGUGUGUGGGAUUCCAAUCUUCACUGUUUGAGGGCUAUCUGUAUUGUGGUUUCACCUGCACCUACUCUUUGUCAUUUCCUUGUAUCUGCCAAUAGAGACAAAUGAAAGCUAACUGCAUUUGAGUGAUGGUAAUCAGAAGAAGAUGAACAAUCAAGUUUCCUAAGAGUAAUGCAGAAAAUACAAAGAGACAGUAACUACUUCAGAGCGUUCUCUAUGCAAGCUCUUUCACAAUCAAACCUGAAACGGUUGGAGAGAAAAGCCUAACAAUGCAGCUGUCAAUUGUGUAUGUUUUUCUUUUUCAAAAAUGUUUGUCCUAUGUAACUGGAACUAUUGAAAGAUUAUUGUUUGUGGUCUUCUGUUAUUGAAAGAUGUAUGUACUACACCGACUUUUGAGACCAUGGAAUUUGAUUCCAUAAUAUUACGACUCAAAUAUUGCAGUUUAAAAGAUAGUUUUAAUGUAAGGACAGUGGCAUUUUGUCAGUGGGUGAUGCAGAAUUUCAGUUAAUGAUGAUUUGUCCGUUUGUCUCUGUACCCGUGUCAUUGAGUUAGGCUACCACUCUUUGCUCAGAGCACUGAAGCUACGGUACGGUUCAAAUGAACAUAUUGUAUUUCUCUUUAUUGACAGUGAUGCAACAACUUGGAAAUGUAUAUAUUACCAAAUGCAUUGAAGGCAUUUAUAAUUAUUCGUUUGUCUCCUUGAUUGACUGGCUGAUGACUUUUGGGAUUCGGCCACAAUGUAUUUUUAAUUGGGACGUGCAAGUCUGGUACAAUUUAGAUGUAGUUUGUGCCAUUUUGUGUCCACACUUCAGAACCCCUGAGUGUUGAUUUUAUGAACUGUAAACGUCCAUAUCUUUACACAUUUUAGUGUUUCUUUCAACUUGUGAAAUAAAAUAUCUAUGGUAACAAAAUACAAUUAUUAUAUGGCACUCAUUUUAAACUCAUUAGACAAUAUUGCUGGCCAUGUGUAUUAUUAUUUUGCCCCCGUUGGUGUCUUUUUAUGUUUUGGAGUGAAAAAAAUGUGUCAAUUUGAUUGGUUGAAACAGCAAAGCAAAAAAAGGACAUUUAUGAUAGUGGUGAUAUUAAUUUGGCUAUAUUUUUUUUCUAAAACCGACCACAUUUACUAGUUCUGCUUUGAGCAGAAAUGCCCUAUGCCCUAUCAUGCAUGUGACAACAGCAAUACUCAUUAGACACAACAAUCCCAAUGUAAGCCGCCUUGGUAUUAGGUCCCUACACCCGUGCAAGUAUUGUACCUGUAUUUUUGUCAAACAUUGAAUGAAGGAAUAAAUAUUGAAAACAUACUAAAAGCAGAGGAGGUUGGUGGGGAGUAGCUAUGGGGGGAUGGGCUCAUUCUAAUGUAUGGAAUGGAAUGAAUGGAACGGAGUCAAACGUGAUUUCCAUAUGUUUGAUGUGUUUGAUUCCGUUCCAUAAAUCCCAUUCUAGGCAUUACAAUGAGCUCAUCCUCUUGUAGCUCCUCCCACCAGCCUCAUCUGACUAGGUGGUAGAUUGAAAGGGAAGCUGUUAUAAAAUGAUUGGACGUUAAAAAAAAAGUUGUGUUAGGGUGUUGUUUCUGGUGUUUAUUUGCUCCUUAAAAAGGGGUGAAAGUUGUGUGUCUGUUCAAAAGCUUCUUUAAAUCUGGCCUUUUAAAUCCAAAACAAAGACCAUGAAUUAGACAAUACAUUUGAAUUGAGAAUAUCUACAGAAUUACAUGCCCCAUAAGGACACAUUUUCAUUCUUAAUUUCUGUUGGUUUAGGAUAUUCAUUAAAUAAUGAAUUUUUAGAAAAUGCUUAAUCAACAGGAUGCUAUAUUUGACAAUUAAAGAUUUAUAACUGCUUAAAAUGCCUUUGUUGUCCGUAUUUUGUACACACACACACACACACACACACACAUUGUAAUUAUGGUAUAGGCACUGACCCUGGAACUGGCACCCUGUAUAAAGUUACUUUCUCGUGUACUUCUAAUUUCUGUUUGUGUGUUUUUGUUAAACUUUUAAAAAUAUUUUUCUUGUACUACUGUUAAUGCAUUGUUGGGAAAGAAAGCAAGAAAGACAUUUCAUUGUACUAGUUAGUGCACAUGCCUAUAAAACUUCACUUAGAACACAUACACAUGGCCUGCUAAAAGGCAAAUGGCUCAAUCAAGCCCAUAUAGGCGACAUCCAACUUACCAAUAGUACAAUGUAUUGCAGUGGUCUGAAGCAUAUUCCUCCCUUUUGUCUUCAUAUUUAGCCAAACAAAAAUGUCAAUGAAGGAAGUAUAUCCAGUGGUGACCCGUCAUUCAGGGCAGG